AGAAGGAAGGGGAGGAGCCGCGUUAAUCUGCGGGGAGCAGUGGGGCAGGCAGCGGGAGGCGCUGCCUUUUUUUUUUCUUUUGGUUGUGAGGGAAACUUGGCGGUUUCUUCCUCUCCCCGCCCUUCACCCUGCGUAGUUUUCCUAAGGGGCAUCCUUCCGCCUUCACUUCUUCCCAGCCGCUUCUCAUUGCACCGUCGGAGGGAGGCGGAGGAGACAGUCCACGGCCUCACCUCCUUCUCUAGCAAGCUCUAGGGGAGACGUUAUUUCCCCCUCCCUUUCGGGCGGGUCGUAACGUCUGUGCUGGUUUCAAGGAGAAGGGUGGACCCUUUCGCCCCCCCUCCUCCUCCCUUGCACUGUAGGAUCCGUGUGGAGCUCUUGAGGCGCAGCAGGUUUAAUAUCAACCUUCCCUUUCUCCUGACUCAGCUCUAUUUCUAUUCCAGUCGCAGAGAGAAAAAAGUGGUAGAGCCCUCUGGUGAUAGAACGGGCUGUACCAAGAUGGAAACAAGUACACUGAAAGCUGGAAAAGAUGAAACAACUAAAGAGGAAAAGAAAAAGCAAUUUUAGUGUUCAAGAAACUCAAACACUACUUAAAGAAAUCCGAAAAAGGAGAGAAGUGCUUUUUUCUAAACAACUCAAUACAACAAUUAAUGAAAUGAAACGGAAGGCUUGGGAGGAAAUAGCCGAGUGUGUUAAUGCUGUGGGUGAAGGAGAGCAAAGGACAGGGACAGAAGUGAAAAGACGAUACCUCGACUGGAGAGCCCUUAUGAAGCGAAAGCGAUUGAAUUCCAACAUCAAGCUUGUAGGUGCUGGGUUUCACCUUCCUUCAUCUGAUUUGGAUGAUUCUCUUAAUGAAGAUAUAGAUGAGAAAAUUGGAUUUCCAAAUGAAUCUAAUUUUGAAUGGCAGAAUAUCACAGACUUCCGGGAAGCAGGGGGGUCAUUAACUGAAGUCAAAGUAGAAGAAGAAGAGGAAGAUCCACAGAGUUUUGAAUUUCCUAUUGAGGAAGAAGAAGAGAUUUUGUCCUCCGUGUUGCCAGACUCCAAAAAGGAAAAUGAUCUUCCUGAUUUUGCCCAUAUUGAAGAGUUCGGCAAUCUAAGCUCUGCCCAAGCUAGGCUGGUUUAUGAAGAUUCCCAUUUGCUCAUCAGCCUGGAGAAACAGAAGUUGGAACUCGAAAAACAGCGCCUGGAUAUCGAAGCAGAGCGACUGCAAGUGGAGAAGGAGCGGCUGCAGAUCGAAAAGGAGCGGCUGCGACACAUUGACCUGGAGCAUGAAAGGCUUCAGCUGGAAAAGGAGCGGUUGCAGAUGGAGAGAGAGAAACUGAGGCUUGAGGCUCUGCAUGCUGAAAAACCCUCCCCAGAAAAUGAUGCCAGCCAAGCAGAGAAGCCCACUGUGCAGCCUCUGGAUCUAGAAACGGAAAAACUUAAAAUUGAAAAGGAGCGUUUACAGCUAGAGAAGGAGAGGCUGCAAUUCCUGAAGUUUGAAUCAGAGAAGCUGCAAAUUGAGAAAGAACGCUUGCAAGUUGAAAAGGAACGCCUGCGAAUUCAGCGGGAAGGGCACUUGCAGUGAAUUUGGCCUGAGCAACUGUGCUUUGUGCUUCAAUGUUUGUAUUUUUUCUUAAAAGGUUAACUUGAUUUCAUUAAAAUUGUUGGGCAACCUGUUCUUCAAAGCAUUUCACCAUUCGCAAAAGCCCUGCUUUACAUUGCUGUUACUGUGAGGAUUGUACCCCGACAGUACACUUUCCCCCCUUUCUCUUGGCCAGAGUUGAAUGUUGCUGUAUUCAAACUUUAAAAGGUGCUGAGGAACAGUGCUCAGCAAGUCAGUGUGCCUGUGUAAAUGGAGCUUAUGUGUGAAGCUGCAUUUCACUGUAAGAGAAGUGUUUAUGUCCUCUUGCAUUCUCUGUUAUAUAGCUUUACGUCCACAUUAAGGAUCAAGGCGUAGCUGUAUCUUCUCAUUUUAAGAGUAUUAUUCUAAAUCCGUAGGAGCCUUCAAUAUAAAUUUGCAUCUGAUCUAAAGGAAUAAGAUUAAAGCUCGGCCUUUCGUGUUACAUUGUGUUACCACAGAAAGUAAUGCCUUUAAUGUGAAGUGUGUUCUUCUCUGGAUGGAUUUGCAAAAGUGUCUUUGAGGCUGUUGGUUGUGUUCCUACUCAGUACAUUUGCUUGUAGAAAAUUAAUAAAUGAAUUUUCAUUUAUGAAACAUAAAUUUAACCAUUUAUUGCUAAGGCAGAUCUUAGAAAUUCUGGUGUCUGUAGAUAACUUUGGUGACCCACUUUGACAUUCAUGUGUUUGAACAGGAUAUAUCUUGUGGGAUUUACAUAGAUUAUUUGUACAUGUAAGUUUAUUUAUAUCACUAUGUAAUUACUUUUAUUUUGCAAAUAAAGUGUUAUUUUUUUAUUACUGAAA